UGGCCGGCACAGGAAGCGGAAGCUGCCUGGGAUCUUCAGUCAUGGAACCGUUCCGCACCGACCAGAUGCAGAUGUCCGUGUCCGGCUACCUCAAACGCCGGCAGUACUGGGGCAGCGAUGGCCCACCGAAGAAAAUCCGGCGACUGUCACAGAACAUGCAAGAUAUGGCUACCAGCCUCGCAGUCCAGUCAGAAUCUGGUUGUGCCAACACAGUGUCUGCAGCCCCUGGCCAGGCAGACCCCCAGCAAUAUGAAGUACAGUUCAGACGGCUGCGGGAUUUUCUCAUGGACUCUGACUCCCAGCAUAGCCACGAAGUGACGCCUCUCCUCUACCCUCUCUUUGUCUACCUCCAUCUUGACCUGGUCCAGAACGGUCCAAAGACCACAGCGGAAAGCUUUUACAGCCGCUUCCAUGAAAUGUUUCUCCAGAACGCCAGCCAGAAAGACGUCAUCGAGCAGCUCCAGACCACCCAGACCAGCCAAGACAUCAUGUCUAACUUCCAGCUGCGGGCCUUCCUGGACAGUAAGUACGUGGUUCGUCUGUCAGAAGACAGCUACAACUACCUUCUCCACUACCUCCAGAGUGACAACAACACCGCGCUUUGCAGAGUCCUCACCUGGCACAUCCACCUGGACGUGCAGCCUGCCGAGAGGAUGGACUCCCAGCUCUACGCCAGCGGCGACCCCUCCAGCGGCGACCCCUCCAGCGCCGGCUCCUCCAGCGGCCAGGGUGGCGGCCUGGAGUCCACCGACCUGCCCAAGUACAUCCUGCAGAAGGAGGAGGAGCUGGAGAUCCUUCAGGAGACCAUCAAGUGCGUCCAGGAUGGCCCCCCCUCCCUCAUCACCAUCUACUCCUACGCCUUCUACAACACUGUGCAGCUGCUGAAUACGGCAGAGGCCUCCCCGGACAGCAAGCUGCUCGCCGCGGGCUUUGACAACUCCUGUAUAAAACUGUGGAGUCUGACUUCCAAGAAGUUUAAACCCAACCCCCAUCAAGUAGACGCGUCCCGCAUCGACUUGGCUUAUGAUAUCCCCGAGGACGACGAUGAGGACAAGGCAGCCAAGGAGCUGAAGGUCCUGCAGGGACACCACGGCCCGGUGUACGGCACCAGGUUCCUCCCGGACAGCUCCGCGCUGCUCUCCUGCUCUGAAGACACGUCCAUCAGGUACUGGGACCUGGAGAGCUUCACGAACACUGUGCUGUACCAGGGCCACACCUACCCCGUGUGGGACCUGGACAUCAGCCCGCACAACCUGUUCUUUGCCAGUGCAUCCCGUGACCGCACCGCGAAGCUGUGGUCAUUUGAUCGGACGUACCCACUGCGAAUCUACGCCGGGCACCUGGCGGAUGUGGACUGUGUUAAGUUCCACCCCAAUUCAAACUAUUUAGCCACGGGCUCGACAGACAAGACGGUGCGGCUGUGGAGUGCCCAGCAGGGGAACUCGCUGAGACUCUUCACAGGCCACCACGGCCCCGUGCGCUGCUUGGCCUUUUCCCCCAACGGUAAGUACUUGGUGUCGGCGGGCGAGGACCAGCUGCUGAAGCUGUGGGACCUGGCAUCUGGGACCCUUUACAAAGAGCUACAGGGCCACACGGAUGACAUCACCAGCGUCACCUUCAACCCGGACAGCAGCCUGAUCGCCUCAGCAUCCAUGGAUAACUCAGUGCGGAUCUGGGACAUCAACAGCAAGCACAGCAGCACGCCCGCCGAUGGCUCGUCCAGUGAGCUCCUGGGCGUCUACACCAGCCAGAUGAGCACUGUGCUGAAUGUGCAGUUCAUGACCUGCAACCUCCUGCUGGUGACCGGAAUCACAGAAGAAAAGCAGGAACACUGAUUUGUACCUUUGAGGUAAAGGCCUGGGCAGUGCGAACGCUUCCAGACAGCAAGUCUUAGGACAGACCAAUGGGGUCACUGACUGUAAGACUCCCCGUGUUCCCCCUUGCCCCGCAGAUGGCCCGAGGCCACCACCCUCCAUUCAGCCCCCAGGUGUGGAAGGACAGGGGGAGGCAGGGUGGUAACGGGGAACAAACGGGGGAUCAGAAAUCCUGGAGAUGCCGCUGUGUCCUCCAGCGGCCCCUUCCUGUCUUUGGUGCCAAGGUGUCCUCGCCUUGCCAGGGCUGCACUUGGCUGGAGGAUGUUUGCCAGAUGCCCUCGCCAGGAGCAGUGCUGCAGGGGUACUGGGUGGAAGGGACUCCAUCCCGGUAGGAAUGCAGGGGUGGGAUGUAGGAAGGGGGCAGGGUCAUCCUGGCAAAUGCCUUUCUUUUUCCCUGAUUACAGAGAACCAGGGUGUUUUUGUUGUUUUUUUUUUUUUUAUGAUUACUGUUAUAAUUAUUCUUGAGAAGAAACCUAGCACUGGCAGAGGGGGCCUUUGCUGCUCUCAUCUUUCAGGUUUUACUUCUGGCACUGGCUGUGAUACUUGGAAUUUAGAGGUGCAGGGAAGUCACAGAACUUGGUCACAUAGUGUAUUGGGAGAAAGGGAAAAUUUCUGGGUGACAGAUGAAUCACUCUGGAUGACAUGUUUCAGGAAGGGGGUGGGUGGGUUUGUUUUAGAAAGUCUUGGGCUUUUGCAGCAGGGGUGGGAAAGAAAGAUUCUUUUCGUGUCUGCACUUCUAUUAACAAUUCUGUCUUCUGAAAGGACAGAUUGUGGUAAAGAAAUGAAAAUACUUAGCAGUGAGAAGUCAAAAGAUAAAAUUAGAAAAUGUUGAAUUUCCAAAUGAUUCCGAGGUGUGGCUUUUCCUACAUCUUUUCCUCCUGAGAUGGUCCCGCCCACUUCUGCUUUGCAAUAGCAGUUUAAUGAACAGUCUGUGAAACAAAUCUUAGGUACAAACUAAGGCAAAAACCAUCACAAACAUGUAUUGAAAACUAUGUUCUGGGGAUGAAGCGAC